AUGAGGAUCGUCAUUUUAAUCGCCAUCAUUUUGCUUAUCAUACAAUCUGAUACUGUGGCCAGCAAACGCAACCAUGAGCAAAAACGCAACGAAAAAAACUCGAAAACAGUGGAAAAUCAGGAGCAACGAGAUAUGUCGUUGUUAUACGGUGCUAUGAAAGAUUUUGAGAAAUCUAGCCAUACAAAGGAGGUUCCUUUUAAACGUGGCGAAACUGAUACCCCAACUACAAAGACUAUGUCAAGAAAAAGUAACAAAUAUGUGAUACACCGAAUGCGGGCUAGGAAAAUGUACAAAGAAGGUCGGAAAAACGUGUCUGAUCAUAGCAGAGUAAUGCCCAAUCACCAUUCAGAGAUGAGAGCGCCUUCUAUUGUUGGACAUGGUCUGAAUUUAACAGCUUCCCCAAACGGUAAAGACCUUUCAGUGAGAAGUCACAGAGACAAAAUAUCCUCAGCUUUCAAAAGGUAUAAGGUUCCAAGAAAACACCACAGACAUACAAGGAAAAGGACAAAGGUGGAAGAAGCUAUGACCAAAGAAAGACAAAAUAUUGCCAAGACGAUCGAGUCUUUGGAUGACUUUCCAGGGUCUUUUUCCAAGGGACUUGACUUGGAUGGGAUGGACGUGACUGAAGUUACUAUGAUUGACAACAACACUCUCUCAGACUACUUUCAUGCUUUAAACGACAAUUCAAGUCAAAACACAGCCAAUAACAAUGGCAAUGAAGACUCAAUAUACACACCUACGUCACCCUCGACGCCGACUUCCAAGUAUUCAUGGGAUGACAAUUCGCCUUCAUACACGGAGGACAGCAGCAGUGACAGCAACAGGGGUAACGAUGAUUUCUACGAUGCUAUUGAAAAUGGUGACAAUCCACCUAAAAUUAAAACGGAGAAGGCUCGACCUACAGAAUCGCAUUCUCAAAAGUACAUUAGUAGAUCAAGCACAGCUGCCAUUUCUCCUUCACAGACUUCAAGCGCAAGCACACAGUUUCGACAGCCUCCUAUUUCUCGGGAACCUUCUCAAGAGGAUUUUGACAACUUUUUUCGAGGAAUGCUUGAUCACUUUGGCCACCUAAGAAGGCCCAAUAAAACGGUGAAGCAGGCAAACACAGUUGAAGAAAAUUCUCAAGACACCCAUGACAACCAAAAAAAUGUAACAGCUAUCGUAGACGGACAUGAUGGACUUAGUAAAGCAAACGUAAAAAAACUGGUUUCGCUUGGAAGCCCAGAAAAAGCAGAUGAGACCCAACAAGUACAGCUGCAGAAAGUGGAGUCCACUGCAGUUUUGAAUACUCCGUUUUCCGAAACUAAAGACGAUGGGACGGAUAAACAAGGAGCAGGGGUGGCAUCGUUUCGUGCAACAUCGAAUUACGGAGUGGAAAGACCUUCCGGCGAAAGUAUGAAUUCAUCAAAUAAACUUUCAUCAUCACAGCGGAGUCCCCCAAGUCCCUCAGCAAAUUUCGAAAGUCUACUUACAAACUCACACAAACCAACCCAGCAGCAGACAGCAAAAGUUACUCCUACCGUUGGGAGACCGCAAGACGCUCUUUCAUUACCAUCACCUUCUGCAGGAACACAUAUCAUGGGAGGAAAGAUAUCCGGUGGUCAAAUAUCCGGUGGUUUAAUAGAAGGGGGACAUAUCAAAGCCGGAUUAAUAGAAGGUGGUAUCAUCAAAGGGGGACAGGUUGUUGGUGGCCAAAUAACCAACGGAACCAUGGAAGGUGGAGUGGUUGUGAAUGGGAAAAUGUUGGGUGGACACUUAGUUGAUGGGCGACUUGAAGGAGGGCAGUUACUCGGUGGAAAUGUUUUCGGUGGGAAAAUAAUGGGAGGGAGCGUAGAAGGGGGAGACAUUAAAGGCGGAGUGGUGGCAGGUGGAAGAUUUCGAGGGGGAAGCAUGCAAGGCGGACUACUUAAUGGAGGUGAAAUUCAAGGAGGGACAGUGAAAGGCGGCAAAGUCGAAGGUGGUAUUGUGCACGCAGGUAACAUAGAGGGGGGUGAAUUAAAAUUUGGAGAUAUAUCAGGCGGCACUCUCAAAUCGGGUGCGAUGCUUGGCGGGGUGCUAAAGAACGGCAGCAUAGACGGAGGAACGCUUAAGGGCGGAGUAAUUGAAGGGGGGAUUUUAAAAGGCGGGGUUAUGGAAGGUGGACAUCUAAAGGGAGGGCUUGUUCUAGCUGGUAAAAUUAAGGGUGGGACUAUUGAAGGAGGGGUGAUAGAGGGGGGUGAAAUUGGAGAUGGGGUUUUAAUUACUGGGGGUAAGAUAAAUGCUACGAUCAUAGGGACAGGAAGUUCUAUGGAAAUGAACCGGAAGCUUGGUGAGUUGUUUAAACAAGGGGAGAAUUCGCAGAAGUUAGAGCUCAAAGUUCACCAGCAAAGAUAUCACCAUGGGAUUCACAAGGUUCAGACCGCAUCAGAAUUCAUGUCAGACUCGCUCCCAAGUCCAAAAGUGCCAACUCCAACAACACAUCAGUACAACUCUGGCUUGAAAAGAAUAAGUUCAAAUUUGAACGUUAAGAUUCCUUUGCGGGAAGGAGUUCUUAAAAUGCUUCCGAAACAACACGAAUCUUCGGAUGACGACGAUUUAGAAAAGUUAUUGAAUGAGAGAAAAGCUAAAAAUGAAAAUAACCUUGAGGCAGAACAGUCUCAGCGGUUCUUUGAAGAAAAGGUACCAGAUCGAGUCACACAAAUCCAAAAGAAAAGUAGUAAGCAUCACAUCGUUUUUGAUGGUGUUGGGUUUGACCUUCCUAACGAAGAUUUCAUUGAUCUCAUCGAUAAAAUAAAGAGAAAGGACCUCAUUAAAUUCUAUAAAACGCCGGAUACGAAGAAAGAGUCAAAUUUAGAACAAAGAUUGGAACCAACACAUUCUGCAUCUUCGUCGAUAAAGACUAUUGAGCACAUUAAACCCGAAGAUCUGGAGAUGAAACUCAGUUUCCCAACAAAAGCCAGAUCUAGUGUUACCCACUCGGAUAAAGAGUCCGAUGACGUGGAGAAGACACCUUUACACAAACUAUACGGAGAAGAAGGGGCGCUGGGUUGGAACCCAAAGGACAGUGAGAGACGUAAGUUGCUUAUUACAAGAUCCUUAUUACAAAACUGAUAAAUUCUCAAUGCUUGCAUUCUUGGAUUUAACACUUUAUGAUGAAGUGGGCGCCAUAAGAUAUUGCCCGGUAGGGUGACAAUAAAAGUACAUUAAAGGAUCGGCCAAUUAUUCCCCUGAGUGAUUUGUUUCAUUGUUCCUCCUUAAGACCCUCAUUACAUAAAGCGUGUUUCUGUAUAUUAUUUCGUUUGCCUUUAAUAAGCUUGGGGCGAGCUUAAUACAGUUGACUCCCCAUAACUCGAACCCUCGCUAACUCGAACCAAAAUCGAUUUCCCUGGAUUUCCGUCAUACAUUUACUGUAAUUUUACCCUCGGUAACUCGAACCCUCGAUAACUCGAAACUCCCGCUAACUCGAAGUAAUUUUUGUUUCCCCUCAGAUCAUUUCUAUAUCAUUUUACCCUCGAUAACUCGAACCGUGUUUUGAGCCCUUAAAAAGUCGGGAAAAAGAGUGUUCUGCCUCCGAAACAUUGAAUUUUGAAUUUCCCAUUGACGUGUUGUAGGCAUAUAGUUUACUAGUGGAUCGAUAGUGGAGGCGGAUGUUGUUUACCACAAAUCUAACGUGAAAUAGCUUUACUUCUCAAAAAGUAAAAUGCAUGCUCUAUUUAGGCAACGUUUUGUUACUUUACGUUCUGAUUUAUAAUCUAACAGUAUCUUUCAAUUUUCACUCAGCAUUUUUACAAUUAGAUGUGAUUAGAAUACUCACUGUGCACGGCUAUUUUCUUCGAGCUCCCGAUAACUCGAACUCCCGAUAACUCGAACCUUUUUCGAUUUCCCUUGAAGGUUCGAGUUAUCGGGAGUCGUCUGUAUAUUGAUUUUAAGAAUUAUUCCACCAGCGCAUGAUAUAUUUGAAAUUGAACAACAGUGCGAUGCAAUUUAUUAAUUGAUCCGAAUGAUCAAGGAAAGGAUUUAAGGAAAGAUUUGUCUCCAUUAUCGGUCAAAAACCGUGGAACUGAAUUGUAUACAUUGAUUUAGUUUUUACCUCAUCAUAUACCACACAGACGAAUAGUGUUUUACACCCUCUCUGGUUGGCUAAUUCCGAUGUACAUGGCAAACCAGUGCUUGAGAAGGAGCAAAGAGCUGAUGUUGCCCAUUUGUACGUAAUUGCAGGGAACAUAGUUAAUGCUGGUCCCGCUGGCUAAUUACUAAAUUAAAUAUAUAACUUAUCUUAUAAUAAAAUACGUGAGAUACGUAAUUAUUCACUUCCUUGCUGGUGAUAGGUAUGAAAAAUUACCUAAAAGAUUUCAUAAGGAAAUAUUCACCCGGCUUUUCACCUUCGACAAAAAAUAAAGCAGGACAACUGAUAACAAAAGGUUCAUUCGGACCACAGUUAAAAUAAGGUAUAACUAAAUAACACCAACUUAUAAGCGUGUUGUUCUUUGACGAUUUUAAUUUCCAGUACGGCCAACUUAUCACUGGUCUUUAAACAAACGCAUUAAAGAUCGGAUUCCGGGAAGUCCUGGGCCCGCUAUACGAACCCACGGAGAAAUGAAAGCUAUUCGAGGAGGACUGCAUCUUGACGGUAACAAUUCAUGGCUGGGAGCUGGUGACUUCUCAGGAGGCUGCAUAAGCGGUAUGGUAGCAUUCCGGCUGUUGUAUAGAAACAAAGGACCUGCGGGUCCUGGAGGUUCUGGGACCGAGAGAUCGGAAACUCCUGGAGCGCCAAUGGAGCCAUGUUUUCCAAAGAUGCUAGAACGUUUCCCCAGAGAAUUUUUGCCCGUUUCAGGGAAUUAUUAACUCAGCUAUAAAUUUUGAUAUCUUAAGAAGCCUUUUGUUCUUUAAAAAGAUAGUCAGGACAAGUGCAAUUUUCAAGGAAGCGAUUAGAAUGUCGACAUUUUCAAACUUUUUUCUUGGACGUACAAGUACCAAAAACAGCAGUUCAGUCCACUGACAAAUACUGGGCAAAGGUCUAAUUGGGGUUCCAACACGUUCUUCUAAAUUUUCUGCUCCUAGACUAAAUCCGCUAGAAAUCACUGACUACAACUUAUAUAUAAACACCUAUCUGAUUAUAAGAACUUAAUUUGUAGAUCCAGAUACAUGCGAAGAUGGCUUGUCGUUUGAGAUGACCUUUCGUUUAGACAAGGAUGCAUUAAAGUAUAACGACAUGAAAUACCUCGUCGAUUCCGGGGCAUCGACAUUUAACUCUAAAGGAUUCAGUCUCUACACCGUUCACGGAAAUCUGAGAGCUGAUUUAGCUAUUGCAGAUCAUGAGUUUUGUUUGCAAAUCCCGUUAACAGUCCAAAAAUGGCAGGACAUUCUUGUCACUUGGAAGAAAAGCGAAGGUAAGGGCUAUUGCAUUACAUUAACAUUUGGCUCCGUGGAAAUAAGUCGGCCGAUUGGUGCAUGGGCAAGAAAAAGCAAAACGUUCUGACGCGGUAAACCUGAGGUGUAAAGUCCUAAAGAUAUCAAAAUGCAUGCGCCUUCUCUAAAUAUUUCUUGAGGUAAUAAAGGAAGGAUAUGAUAUUAUUGUGGUUUUCAGGAAUGAAGAUGUACAUAAACUGUGAACUGAAGGCACAUACUGAGGGAAGUGAGCACUGUAUAGGCUGUCACUCUAGAGGCUGCCACGUGACAGAUAUCAACACCCUACUGAUGAUUGGAAGGCCGAAUUACAGCCCGCACUUUCACUGCACUAAGUUUGACAGUGGUGACGUCUCCUUCUGGGAGAAGUACUUGUCGGCUAAAGAUGUGGAAACACUAUGUGGAGCACCCACAGGUAAGGGUUGAUUUAGAUGUCAAAUUCCAAGUCGUUUUCAAGAAAACAGAGAAACUACCAGAGCCUUCACUCUUAGGGUUAAAAACAGGACACGGCGAGUAAAUUUUUCUUGAAGUAACAAGUAAGCCUCAAAUUUGUGACCAAAAUUUAGUCUAGUAAGUAAAUCGUGGGGGAGGGGGAGCUGUGCGUGACGACUCCUUUAAUACCCAAGUCCGCCUAUAGAAGCUAUUUCAGUACGUUUCGGCUAAAUAGUGCUAGUAUGCAAAAUAAUGUGUGAUUUGGUUAUUAGGCUAGGAACUAGAGAUUAUGCUAAAUAGCAAGUUAAUUGGUCAAAAUCCACUCAAUUACUGAGCUUUUGUCACGUUGUUUUGCAUACAGAGAAUAGAAUAGAAAACUUUAUUAAUGUGUCGGAGCCGUAUGGCUUGGGAACAACCCCAUAAUAAACAAAAUUCUCAAAUCUCUCGCUUGUGGAGUCCCGCUGUCAACUUAUAGCCACGUUAAAACUACUUUAUUUCGGCUGUUUUCUUUGUUUGCCAACACGUAAAUUGGCAAAUAUGACCUAACCAUAAAACAACAAAUCAUUACACGGUUGGGCGACAAUCGAUACCCGAUAUUCGCAUGACUGAUGUAAAAAUGGUAGAUUGCAUGGCAAAUUUUAUCGUGAAAUUAAAAACUGACACCAAAUCUCUCUACAACAUUAAAUACGGUGUAUUUCUGAGGAAAAUACUUUAAUGGGGAAAAAACUUAAUACAUGUAUCAUCGGCAAUAUAUGGGAACAGAGAGAAGUUAAAAUUGAAAGAAAAAUUAAUUAUCGUUCAUUUUAAUUUCACACCCUAUAUACUUUGGUCACCGGGUUAAGCUUUGCAGAGUCGUUCAUAUGAGCUACUCUGAUUCGCACGGGAAGGAAAGAAAAUCAUUUAUUAAGUGUGACUUUUCCGUAAGCUACGACCCAGUGUUCUUUUCAUUAAGUGCAUUAUUUGUUAUUCACUAUUGUUCACGUAACGAAACUUCCGGUGGUAUAUUCUUCAUUUUUGUAAAAACAAAACAAAACCCGCGCAGAAGGCGGAAUCGAACCGCUCCGACGCUAAUCGGCUACAGGUUUGAAGCCUGCACCCCACACCAGUGAGGCUCAUCCGCGCAAUGAAAUAGACGUGAACUCUUGAGUAUUUAUUACAUUAUUAUUGUGCAUUCUCGCUCAUGUGGUACGUCAGUCAGUCACACUUUUUUUUCUUUUGAAAGCAAUUUGUCUCAGAGAGAGUGUUAAACAUGCAGUUUUAUGUUUUACAUGUUGCUGUAAGCAAUCAGAACAAAUAAAAUAAUAAUUUGGUCUAUAAGCAAUAACAUCUCUUUUGAAACGAUAUGCUAUGCCAUAGGCGCAUGCGUAAUAAGUGUUUCGAUUUUUAGUUGUCUACUAUGUUGCUCUUCCCUGAUGUUUCUGAAUGCUAUUCGUUGCAAAAAGGAUAACCCCUUUCUGCCAAAGCCAAAAUUUUCAUUAAAAAUAUUUUCAUUGCUAAAUAUUGUGAGUCAAUCCUUUAAAGGAAUUUCAAAAGCGUUGACCGUAGAUUUUAGGGCAGGGUGACUGAGAAUGUCGGCUUAAGAAAGCAUUCUGCGUGAGAUACAGUAAUUAAAUGUAAAAGCCUUGAGUGCUACGUUAAACUAAGGUGCUACCUAAUUAAUUCAUCUCCUCAUCAUGGUGAACGUUUCAGCCAUGUGCCGGUUAAUCUACACUUCUACUUAAUCAUUUUGUAGGUGAAAAGGAAGCGUUCAGUGAAUCGAUAUCGCAGCCCACUCCCACUAUUCUCCCGGAGGUCAGUCAACGGAAAUUUUUUUCACCAACUGUCAAUCAAGCAGCAGUUCACGCUUACCCACUUCAAAGUUAUAUAGCAAAUCAGCUGUAUUUUAAUCGUUAUACAGGUAAGGGUACAGAGCCGCUUUCUUCAGUUACAAGUUCUCUUUCGAGGCACUUCGAAAGCAAUAAUCCACAUGCUUUAUUUCCUGGUGUCUUAAAAGGAGUGCGUAAAAAACAAGACAGAAAUAGUCUCGCUUUAGAACACACCAAAGGGCGUUGGGAAAAAGUUUCGUCGAGGCAACUGCCGUUGCCUAUUUCAUCUAUAGUCAGGGGUAUGGUGAUGCCUUCUACAAUUAUAACAGCAUCAACUAUUUUAAAGUCGCACGGUAGCCCUAGAUUGGCCGGCAUUGCCCGUUCCAACUCUUUUCUGCUUCAGAGGCUUUUCCCUUACUAUGCAAAGCAGGCUUCACAAACUGAGACUAGUCAAAAUGCAAAAGGGCAACAGGAUAGAUUAACCCAAUCAAGCGCAGAUUUUAGUUUAACUGCGUUUCAGUCUAAGCCCUCUUUGCAAAGCACUCCGGUUCUGAAAAAUACAGUAACACCAUACAUUAACUAUAAAACCACGGGUAGUCGAUAUGAGAAUCAAAACAUCAUAGCCUCUAGUUCACCAAAUGGCUAUAGUGAUGCUAGUAUCGUUCCUUACAAAAAUGCCAGGUUAAGUCAGACUGCAAAUGGACUAAUGCAAGCUUCUUUUGACCCAUAUUCACAUCUUACAAAUCAAGUAACAGCAGCUUCUACUAAUAUCUUAUCAUCGCCUAAUACACAUGAGCCCGCUCUAUCGACUGAACGAGUAAGUGAUAUCGCUGGUGUUUCGAAACAAUUCUACACCCGGCUGUUGCCGUGGGGAAACGAACGUAGAAAGGUCCCAACUGCAGACAAAAUUGUGACUGAGGGGGAACUAAAAGAAAAGGGGUUGCUGGCCCAUAUUUUGUCCCGUGAUCAUAUUAAUUAUAGAACGCGUGUUAUAUGGAAAAAGAGAAAACGUAGCCACUAAACGAUAGGGAAAUACAGUGGCGAGUGUCUCUACCUAAAAUAGGACUCAGUUCAGUAAAUUAAGAACCUAGAUUUGUCUGCUUGCAGUAUAAAACCGCAUCUAAGAUGAAGCAAGAGAUUUAAUUCACUGAAAAUAGACAGCAUCGUGUAAACGUAAAAAAAAUAUUAGCACAAUGUGAAUUUCCGCAUUACAAUUUAGUACCCUUUCUAAUCAGGUCAGUAUUGUUGGAAGACUUAACCAGUCCAUCUCUUUAUUCAUUUCAUAACUAACUAACACAUUAUCUAGCCGAAAAGGGUUUUCUCUUGCUAAUUCUUUGAAAGGUUCACAAUUAAGACAAGCCAAACGCAAAUAAUAAUCUAAGUAUCAUAGGCUUUAAACAAAGCGUUCUUGUUGUUACUCCUAAUCAGUAGAAAUAACGGACUAAUUUCCCAGACAUACAUUGAAACUAGCUGAGUAUUAGAUACUUGUAAUCAGGAUUCAAGGACUAAAACAAGCAAUUUACUACCAAGAAUCUGCCAAUAAUAUUUACUGCACCAGAAGGAGAAUGACGCAAGAUUAUUCCACUAACAACAGUAACCUAACCAUCUCCGUAACUCUCGUCGUCACUCGCCUCUGAUCCAUCUUAUGAGUUUUUCCAUGAGUUUUAGUCAGUUUUCAAACCAUAGUUAACUUCAGUUACCACUCCAGUUGUUUGAUGUGAGAAAAAUGCAGUACAUGAGUUUGGCGGGUCCUUGGAAGGAUCUUCCGAUUUUGAGCAGAUUUUGCCGGUUGCUAACAUUGUGAGCUAAUCUUUUAAAUCUAUUACCAUUAUGGAUGUGACUGGAAACUGUUGUGAGUUUUACACUAAAGCAUAUAUUCUAAGAAUAAAAGGAUAUUUCACGUUUUCUGGACGUUGAUUACUGGAGCGGUAAAUCCUUCUCAGCGAUGCGUAUUUUGCUUGAACAAUGCCUUGAUUUGCAUCCGUUCUAAGGAGCCCUGCCCCUUCUGUCUGUCUUGAUGCAACCCUUCCAGUUAUGGUCACCGGUAUUUCUUGUUGUCUACAUUUCAAAUAACUAAUCCCCUUUAGGCCGCGGCCAAUAAUAGGUUCGUUUGCGAGAGACCGGGCACUUGAAAGAUGACAACUGAAGCGAAGCCUCAAACUGGGGAAGAGUAUAAAAUUUGGGAACCAUUGUUCGUACAAACUCAGACAAACAAAUUUCAAGGAUUUUGCAAGGACAAAUUAGAGUUUUUAAGGACUAAGAUAAAUCGUCGGCAUUCUCAGCCAAGAGCGGAGAAUCCUCACCCCCUCUUCGCACCUCCUCCCCCCGCCUUUCCACCUUAAAGACACCCUUUCAUAUACCUGAAGCCCCAAAAAGGUAGCAACCAAGAUAGGAGUCUGAUACACAAAAUAUGAUUCUCCGACUAAAUUCCUAAACGUAGUACUGAUUACAGAUCGACAAGUAGCGUAGAUUUUAGUUUUCUAUGCUGACAACGCAUUUGUAAGGAAAUAGUAAAAAACGAUUUUGAAAUGCAACGCAAACCAAACGCAAAAAAUCAGCGCUCUGAUAGCCGGAAAGUUCGAUUUGGUAUCGCGUGAUUUUUCCACUUUCCGUUAACAAUUACGAUAACUCGUGAGAUAUUGUGUCCGCUGAGUCACGAGAAAAUAAAUCACCGGGUAGACCAACACCAGUGGUAGUGUAUUCUGACUAAUAAAAACAAAGCCUCCUGCACAAAGGAAAAACCAAACCUUUUUUAACUAAUCACAAAGUGUGUGCUGUGAGCACGUGAUUUCACUAUCUCAUCACUGCAAACUGAAGAAGACUCUGAACAGCCUUAAGUUUAACCCUUAAAAUGAUAAGCUCUUCAUUAGCACUUUGCUGCGGUACCAUUAAUUAUAAGGUACACUGUACAAGGUACACAACGUCAGAAGCUGUUCGCUGAUUUGUACCAUUCAUGGUGGCUGUAGAUUUUGAGUGUGUGUCCAUUUCAGUGGUGCAGUUUAUGAUACUGUACAAGAUGAUUUAAAGAAAGAAAUUUUACCAACACCUUCCAAAAUUAUUUGAAGUGGUCUUAUAGUUCAACGAAAGAAUUUGAUUCGGGAUAACAUUGAACACAGCAUAGACCAAAGGCCGGAUUCUGUUAUUCUCAUAUACGCAAAGGAACAUUACUAGUAGCUAUUGACAGAGUGUUAUCAAAGUGUUAUCUUGUUAAGUUCCCUUCUCUUCAUCUUUGUUUGUAAAUUUUAAACGACACGGUACUUUGAUAACAGAGUAGGGGGACUGAAACUGUGGUAAACAGAGAGGAAAAAGCGAUUUGAUAAAUGAAAACACAACAGCCUAUCGCAUUCCGCACUUGUGGAUUCACUAUGAACUUCUUUUAUACCCACGUAGUAUGUCUGCUGAUAGAUUACGCAGGUGUUUGGCUCAGAUUGACGGGUUAAAAAAAGGCCAUUGACGUAACUGUGAGGUGCAAAUGAUGUUCUAAACCUGAACAUUUCAAUGCAGGACUCGCCACUAGGACCACUGACAUAAGCCAUCAGCUGUUCACAUCGUGGAGUGCUUGGAGCGCAUGCUCAAAGACAUGUGGUGCUGGAUUCCGUACUCGCAGGCGCUCUUGUAUCAACCCGAGCCUCUUUCCAAAUCUGUGUCAUGGUCUUUCCAUACAGCACCGGUCGUGUCUUGAUCGGUUGUGUCCAGGUAGGGAACGCAGUUCAAAUUACGGUUGAUAAAAAGACCUGAUCUUAUUUCCAUCCAGAGUAAGCGGCACCCGCGUUAUCAAUGGAAAGGAGAGGAAAAAAAUAAUCUGUUUCUGUCCUUACGGAGAGACGAACGCAGACUCAAGAGACGAAACGUAAACGCAGACCCUCUGAACAACUGAUAAAUGUUAAUACUUAGACGUAAUAGAUCAACGAACUUACACAAAUAGUCAAUAAAUGGAUGUCGACCAAUAUCAGAGUAGAGGUUGCUGGAUAGAUAUAGGCAAGAUUAAAAGAGCAUCGUCCUAGUUUUGCGAAACGACGGCUGGAUUGAAAAUAACGAACGAAAGAGAAUGGAAGGAAAGCGGAGUGUUUGACGAGCAUUUGCCGCGUCUAAGCGGAUGCAAGAGAAAACGCAAAAAUAGAAAAGGAGGAAAGAGAAGAAGGAGAACAAACAUCACAACGAACGUAAAAGGAAUAUGCCAAACAAAUAAAUACUAUUAAUUAUAUCAAUGAAGUUAAAAGGAAGGAUCGACAUGUGAAAUUGGGUUGCCUGUGCUUUGCCGUUCAUAGAUGUUCAAACUAGAUUUGCCAGCAGCUGUAGACUCCUAAUUAUUAUUGUUAUUCUUUCUACUAUAUUUCAGCAUAUACUUCGAUGUUAUCAGUCCUUUCCCCACAGCGUAGCAGAUUUUUCCCCUUGGAGCAGGCCGCUAAAUCUUAUACAGGUAUUCAUUACAAGUAAAGACAACUUUUGGUAUUAAUAUCACCGGCUUCUGGUUAACUAUUUUUACACAGAUACGGCGGUAUCGGCGGUCAGUAUUAACAAAGCACUUUGCGUCUGUAUUAGUUGUAAAUUAAUUUAAAAAGGUAAAUGCGGGAAUGAAAAGCAACUGCAGUGAUACUCAAAAAAACAUAUAUUUCUCUUUGUAGGCAGCUUUCACUAUCCGGCUGCGAACAUUGGGACGCAGAAUGCUCUUGCUCGAGCCAUGGCUAUAGGUAAGAGAAUGUAUGGAAACUAAUUAUUUCCAUGACUGGUAUUUGAAGUUUUAUGGUACCUCGCGUUCGAGAGAGGAUGGAUAGUAGGGAAUUCAUUGUAGAACGUAAAGUUUUAAAGAGACCUGAGAGAGAGAAAGUCUGGUUUGGUCAGGAAUAUAGUAUAGCGUUAACUCAAUCGACAAACAUACUCGUUUUCGAGUUCACAUAAAUUGAUUUCUAUUCCGAACUCCCUGUUUCAUACUUUGAGUACGUGUCCAAUUUAAAAUACAUAGAGCUACAACAAACAUUAGUAUGAAGAGAAAAAAAAUUGAAUAUAUGCGCCCAACGUGGGGCUCGAACCCACGACCCUGAGAUUAAGAGUCUUAUGCUCUACCGACUGAGCUAGCCGGGCGCUGUUGUACUGGCAAGUUGCGGCAGAAUUAUAAGAUAUUUUCAAUCUCAAAUAAUUAACUGGACUACAGUUUCUUCGAAAGUACCGAUCCUAUAAUCCUGCCUCACCUUACCAAAGGUUCUGUCUAUGUCUCCUUUGCAAGCAUGCACAAAAAGGCAACCAUAAAAGAAGGAUCAAAAUAUCAUUUCCGUAGGUAUUCAGCCCAUUCCUUUACUUGCAAAAAAUAAAGUAGUGGCCUAGGGAAAAAGAUGGACGCCCAACGUGGGGCUCGAACCCACGACCCUGAGAUUAAGAGUCUCAUGCUCUACCGACUGAGCUAGCCGGGCGGUGUUAAUGAGAAAUGCCGACUAUAGCUGGCAAUAGACAACACUACCAAAAAACAAUACGGUUGAACAAGAAGCCAUAACUGGACACGAUGACCGAUUGAAAAAGCCAAAUGUGUUAUUUUUGUGGAAAAAAUUGCACCAUCGUGAGUGACGCGCGCUCAAUUUUUGUGAGGACACCACGCUGAGGAAAAACAAACAUCGCAUAGCGUCGAAAAUUACCUUGGCUAAAACGGCAGUUUGUCUAUUAUUUAAAUAAUAAACAUUCAUGAUUAUUAUUAAACUCCUUCAGACGGCGGCUACAGUGAAUGGUCCGACUGGGGUGUUUGUGACAGAUCAUGCGGAGGAGGUGCUCAAGUGCGAACUCGUCUCUGUAACAGGCCCGUUCCCAGUAGGGGCGGAAAGAUGUGUCAUUCAUUAGGCCCAGCUAUUCAAGUACGGCGCUGCAAUCGCAAAGACUGCCCAGGUAACUUAUAAGUCAAUAAAAAUCCCUGAUUUUAAAGGAAAGUGGCCGUUAUAUCGCUUUUAGAGGAUUAACACUUACUAUGCAUUUGCAUAAAAGUAUCGGUUUCAUCGGCUUACCUCAAGUUAUUCAUGUUACGUUAUAUCUUCGUGACUCAGACUGUUUGCGUAUUUGUUGAUCUCUGUUGACCUUUAUUUACUCCAAUCUUUGCACUCAUCUACGGCCAUUGCUAAAAUAUUUUGCCGUCGAAGAACAUAAGAUUAGGUAUUUCUCUAAAGCUUAAUGUACUUGUUAGAACUUAUCUACUUAAACAAUUUCUUCAUGCACUGUUUUUAUUUUUAAGUGCGUGCACGGACGACACGCCACGGCGAUUUGCAAUACAAAACCUCGUUUGUUUUGUUAAGAUGUCAGAACGAACUAUUAACGCUUACUCUGUUAUAAACUUACCUUUAUAGGUACUUUUGCCUUUCAAAGAGCAGAAAUUUCGCUUAAAAUCCCCUCAAAUUGUUAAUUUUUCGCGAACACAUUUUUUAACUGACUCAAAUGGUUGACACGAGCGAUGCGCAGCCGUCUCGUUGUUUAAUUUUGGCGCGAAAUUUUAAUUUCCGGUUCUCAAAUGGCUUCCUUUGAGGAAAUAGGUAAGAAAUGUUAUCGAAUGUCACGAAGUCCACUAACAUGACUUUCCCAAUGAUAAAAGUUCCUUGUAUUUUCAGUCACUAAAAUAUAUGUAAUUUUAUUAAAGAGUCGGAUAUAUUCCUAGGCUCGUAUUAAAUGUCCUAACGGAAAACGUAAACUUAACUUCCUCUGUAUGAUGGAUUUCCGGUUUCCCUGAUCAAACGAAAAGAAUAUAAAAAAGCACUGGGACAAUGUAAUGAUGCGGCACAUAAACGUAUGCCACCCACUGUCCCUUUUUUUUUUAAAAGAAAACAAUCGCAUUUUCCACGCUAUACACAAUACCGAUGAUUCCUCCUUCAACCGAAGCACAGUCGCAGUUCCCAGUAGGGGGCGGGUUAGCCAACUUAGCCUCACUUUGUUUUGAGAUUCUCCUUUUUUCCUUGAGGGAAUAUUCGCUCUUCUUUAUAAUGACUUUUUUACUAAAUAGGCUCAAUUUAAGGAUUAGACGGUUGCCGAUUUUGUAAGCGCAAGUUUUAAGCAUCCGAGUCGGUUAUUCACGCCUACCCCUCCCCCCACGACAUAUGUAUGCCCGGCCAGGGGACCGUUUCUCGAAAGUCCCGGUAACUUUUCGGGCCCGGAAAGCUGUUUUAUGUUUUCCGUGUUUGCAUUCAAGAUCAAAAUUUCAAAAAUUUUGAAAAUGAUAGAAAUGAAACAAUCAGAACGAAGCAAAACUGACUGGUUUGUGUGCUAGGUACUGUGCUACUAUUCAACAGGAUCCAACAGGUUUUGAUUUCAAAAUUGGCCUUCGGACCAGAAAAGUUGCUAGACUACGAGAUGUCCCCCAUUUUUCAUCAGGGAUAGUAGAGCGAGCGAAACGCGAGCGCGUGAAAAUCACGCGCGCUCGCUUUUCUCUCGCUCUACUAUCCCUGAGGACAAAUGAGGGACUACUUGCAGUCUAAAAAGUUGCCGGGUUAUAAUAAUGAAUGAUGUUGGUGAUAAUGAUGAUGAUGAUUCUUGUGAUGAUGUUGCUUAUAUGAUGAUAACGAUGAUGACAGACAACUCAUGGAAAUAUUCUUUCUUUACUUGCAAAGUUGAUGGAGGUUACAGCCCAUGGAGCGAGUUUGGUCCUUGCUCAAAAUCGUGCGGAACAGGAGGGCUUCAGAAGCGCUAUAGGACAUGUUCAAACCCUGCUCCUAUGAACGGUGGAAAGCCCUGUUUUGGACAUCCUUAUCAAACCAGAGUCUGCUCAGUAAUACCUUGUCCAGGUAAUAAAAGUAAUAUCAAAUAGGCCCUCUCCGAGUUCCAAAAACUCUCAUCUUCAAAACCAGGGUAAGUGCAAAACGUUUCUUGUGAAAAUGAGUUUUACAUUAAAGGAAAUGAAAAACCAUUUUCAUAUCAUUCAAUGGUUUCGCACUUAGCCUCGCCUUGAAACAGAGGCCUGGGGCAAAUCGGAAAUGGCCAAUUAGGAAAGCUAUAUCUUCCCGAGAUGAAGGAAUGUAGGCUCCGGGGCUCCCCUGCGACAAAUCUAAUGAACGCGCAUUUCCAGCAGACCCUGUGAACCUCAUUACUUUUCCAGGGUUUUAACGCAAUUGCCAAAUUACAACUAAACAGCUACAUGUUUAAAUGAAGAUGAAGAAAUGAUCGUCGCAGUGAACGCAAUUUAUGCAAUAGCGAAAAGAAGCCUGAAAAAAAAAAAUCAGGACUUCAACGGGGUUUGAAGCCGUGACCUCGCAAUUACCGGUACGAUGCUCUACCAACUGAGCUAUGAAGCAACUGACGUUGGGAGCAGGUCAAUUGUGGGUUCAUAUGUUCCCGUGAAAGAAAUGAGUGUUAAUGAUAUAUGAAAUAAACCAUAUAUGAACUGCGGAAAUGAAAUGAAGAUGAAGAAAUGAUCGUCGCAGUGAACGCAAUUUAAAACAGCUACAUGUUUAAAGAUACUAAGUACCUCACUAGCCAGUGUACAGACCUCCCUCCUCCCAGGAAAAAUCGGAAAAGGGGCGCCUCUCCGAUUUUUCCUGAGGGGGAGGGGGGGGGGGGUCUGUACACUGCCUAGUACCUUACCAUCUAGUUGGCUAGAUGUGUUUACUUUUCUGAUCACUCGUCAUAACAAUGUGUCCCAUUUCCAAUCUCGAAGCUGGCUCAUUCCCACAACACGAUGAAAGAGAUUUAAAAAAUUUUUAUUUCAAAUUUACAGUUGAUGGAGGAUACAGUAUGUGGUCUCCAUGGUUACCGUGCGAUGCAGACUGUGGAGGGGGGAUACAAGAGAGAAGCCGUUUCUGUAAUAACCCAGUUCCCCAACCAGGGGGAAAAGACUGCAGUAUCUUAGGUUCCAAUAAGGAAACACAAUUUUGCAACGUGUUUCCUUGUAGUGGUAAUUUUUAG